AUGACGAAGCGAAAUCUCCGACUGAAGGAGUCGACACUGGGGGAAGACGCUGAGCAAUACUACCAGAAGAGGAUUCGAGAUCUGGAGUCGGUGAAUGAAAGUCUCAAGGGCGAUGUGGAAGAGCUAAGAUCGAAAUUGGCUGAUGUUUCAAUUAGUUCUUCUGUUGGUACCUUACAGCCUAGCAGAGAGUUUUCUCAUAAGUCUAUUGCUACAAAAGAGGAGGCUAUGAGCUCAAGGAGCAAGUCAAACUUGCGCUCGAUUUGCUCAGGAAAGAAGCAUAAAACUGAGAGUUAUGUAAAACUGGUCGAUUGCGAAGUCCAAAAAUUAAAGGCGCAGAAGGUUAAGUUGCAGUGCAAGAUCAAGCUAGACUCUAUGCAAUUCAGACUAUCGAAAGCUUCACUAGAAAAGGAAACUCUUCAGCUCAAAAAAGAGCUAAGGAAGAGCGAGUUUGAGAAACAUGUCCUGUCUGCUUUGAACAAGCGCCAGAAGCUGAUUUUGCAGCUGAAGAAUACACAAGCUUUGACAGCCCUGAAGCGCCUAAAAUCGCUGCUGCAAUCUAAAAGGACCUCUUCGAACAAAAAUAAAGGUCCACCAAAAGGAACAAUCUCCAAGAUUCAGGAAUCAAGUAAUGAAGUGGGGCUACUAAAGAAGUUGAACAAGAUUCAUUCUGAUUACGAACGCCAAAUGAAAGAAAUAGCUGAAGAGGUAAAGAGAUUCACCUUGGAGGCAAGUGUGUUGAAGGCAGAAUUUGAGGGAGAGCAAAAUUCCUGCUCCGCGUCAUGUGGCAAUGUAAUCAACCAGACCCCGAUGGACUCGGAACUAAAGGAACUUAAAGAGGAAUUUAACAAACUGAGUACUCUUGUCAGCCAGAUGGAAAUGACCAAUUCUCAACUCAGUGAAACAAAUAGAGUUCAGAGCGGACCAGCUGAAUACUCUGUUAGCAGCAAGGAUACUAACGAUGAAUCAAACUUGGAGCUUUCUCAACCGAAAACUUCUGAUGAAACUAGCUCCAAUACCAACGAUCAAUCUAAUUUGGAUUCAUCUCAACUCAAAACUUAUGAGGAAACGCUCUGCAAUACCAAACAUCAAUCAGACUUAGAGCAAUCUCAAGUGAAAUAUUUAGAGGAAGCACUUCGCAAAAAGGAUCCGAACAAAGCUGAGGUGUGUUGCUCUUGUACUAAGAAGUCUCUUUGUAAGACCAGAAAUUGCAAAUGCAGAGCAAAUGGAAGUGGGUGCGGUAUCUCCUGUGGCUGCAUAGCCUCCAAAUGUAGCAACCGAGAAGAAAGCUUAAGAUCCGAUAAAGCAAUGCAAGCAUUAGAUGGUAAGACGCCUGUUGGGAUUAGCCAUGACGACAACAAAGAAGCAACCAAAAAACCAUUACGUGAUAUAGCGAAUAUACAAGAAGCUGGAAAAGUUGGUAAGUUAAGAAAAGUGCAGAAACGAGUUGCUAAGAAGUAA